AUUGCCAAACACCCCGCAUUGUUCUUCCCUCGUCCAGUUCCAUCGUUGAUUUCGUAAUCAUACGCCAUACUUGGAAGUUGGGAAUAAUAAAGCAACGUUCUAUCUUUCUCAUUUGUUUGAUUAUUAAAUUAAACAAAAGAAAAAAAAUGUGAAUGUUUGGUUGAAGAUUCCGUCACAAAUUUUCACACGAACAAUUGAAUACACAGAAGCUUCGCGACGAAGAACGUCGCUUCAGCAAAUUCCCUACAAUUCAACGAAGAUCGCUAGGGCAAACGUUGAGGAACCACGGAAGAGGGAAUUUGAUCUCGGCUGUUGAUCAUGUCGUUCUCAUUCUUCAAGCCAUCGAGGCCUAAAACCCCUCAAGAGGUUGCCAAAGUCAUCAAGGAUAGCCUUAUGGCUCUCGAUACCAAAACCGUCGUUGAAGUUAGAGCUCUUGAGAAGGCUAUGGAGGAAGUUGAGAAGAAUUUUGUAACUAUGAGAUGUAUGCUCACUGGAGACGCGGAGGUUGAACCCAAUGCGGAUCAAGUUUUACAGCUAACGCAGGAGAUAUGUAAAGAGUGUGUUAUCGAUCUUCUAAUCCAUAAAUUGCCUGUUCUCGGAUGGGAAGCAAGAAAGGACCUUGUCAAUUGUUGGUCCAUAUUGUUGAAACAAAAGGUUGCCUCCACUUAUUGCUGUGUACAGUACAUUGAGAACCACUUUGAGUUGUUAGACUUUCUCGUUGUGUGCUAUGACAACAAAGAAAUUGCUGUGAACUGUGGAAAUAUGUUGAGGGAAUGCAUCAAAUUUCCAACACUUGCAAAGUACAUAUUGGAGUCUGCAAGUUUUGAAUUGUUCUUCAAGUUUGUGGAGUUACCUAAUUUUGAUGUUGCAUCAGAUGCAUUUUCUACGUUUAAGGACCUGCUUACCAAACAUGCUGAUAUAGUUUCCGACUUCUUGAGCUCUCAUUAUGAUGAGUUCUUUGACAGAUAUGAAGCGCUCCUGACAUCUUCCAAUUAUGUAACUAGAAGACAGUCGUUGAAGCUUCUAUCAGAAUUUUUAUUGGAAUCUCCAAAUUCCCAAAUAAUGAAGCGUUACAUUCUAGAAGUUCGGAACUUGAAAGUAAUGAUGACUCUAUUAAAGGAUUCCAGCAAGAACAUCCAACUAUCUGCUUUCCACAUAUUCAAGGUUUUUGUUGCAAAUCCUAAUAAGCCACGCGAAAUCAAGCUUAUUCUGAGUAAAAACCACGAAAAGCUUCUGGAAUUGCUUCACAAUCUCUCUCCUGGGAAAGGUGCUGAGGACGAACAGUUCGAAGAAGAAAAAGAGUUGAUAAUCAAAGAAAUCGAAAGAGUUACACUGAUGCAACGUCUUGAUCGUUAAGUCAUUUCUCCCACGCCGUAUGUUGAUGUAUGCUAUUUCCAUCCAUCCAUGAUCCAAAUGUACUGUCAAACAACGUUGUUGCGAAUUGAGGGUGUCUGUAAUUAAUAUUGCGUGAAAAGGCACUAUUCGACUAAGAAAUGCCAUUUUGUGUUCAUCUUUAAAAUA